AUGGAAAUAGAUAAGCGAACACUCGUAUUGAUAUUUGGACUGGUGGGAUCAAUUUUGGGAUUUGUAGUUGGAGUUUUAUUUAAUUCAAUUAAUUAUAUUAUGGGUUGUUAUUUAUUCAUAAGCAUUAUUUUAUUAUUAUAUACAAUACUUGUUUAUACAUACAAUAAGAAUUCAAGAGAUUUUAUUUUUUCAUAUGCAGUAACUACAGGAUGGAUGUUUUUAAUAUCUUUAAUGGUCCAUAUUGUAGUAACAGACGUAUAUACAACUCCUACUUGCAGAAGCAAUCGGAAUAACUGCGCUAAUUAUAUUUUUUGCUCUGUAUUUGGAUUUAUGUCAUCAUUUUCUUUCUUAGUUGCCUCAUAUCUAUCAUUUAAAAUAGCUCGCGUCUGGUAA